AUGAGACAGACAGUUAUCAUCGCUGGCCUCACAGCCAUGCUUCCCUCUACCGCCCAGGCUUGGUCUGUCCCAGCCCUUCUCGACACCCGCCAGAGCAGCAGUCCGUACCAAGACGUUGUCUGUAAGCCUCAGACAGGCCCUGGCGCCCAGCUUCCCCCUUGCGUCCAGAUUGAGAAUAUUGAGCUUGCCUGCACUCCUAAUGGCACCAACCCCAUCGACUACGAGGCACACGCUCAAUGCAUCUGUGGAGGUAGCUUCUUCGCCGAGAAACUGGCCUGCGAGCGAUGCCUCACUAUUCACGGCCUUCGCAGCCAGCGGUCCCUAGCUUUUUACAGCGGCGUCCUUUCAUCUGCCUCCAAUUCUCUCUGCACUGGCACUCCUACUGCAGUUUUCGCCAGCAUUUAUUCCGUCAUUGAGGCUGCGGCCACUCCUGUGACGACUGGCGCAACGGCCACAAGCGAUCAAGCUCCUAGCAACACAGCUAUUUCUCUCUACUAUACGGCUACCGGCCCUCAAGGACCCGGCACCAUCACCGGCGCAGCUGCGAGUGCUACUGCUGUUGCUAGUCCCACGACGACGAGCCCUUCUGCAACUGCAACCGGCUCAGCUUCGGGAGGAAGCGGCAGUUCCCCUACUCGUGCUUCAACUGCCACCACCGGUACAGCUUCGGGUGCUGCGGCCACGACCACAACCGCUGGCAGUGGUGCGAUGCCAGCCUACGCUGCAGGUGGAUUCUUGAUGGGGGCUGCUGGUUUCGCAGUGUUUGCAGGAUUGUAA